AUGGACGAUCUGGUGAACCUGGUAGCCGUCAACUGGAAGAGGGCUUGGAACCGUGCGGGAGUACCCAUUAUCAACGAGGAAGAUGCUUCCCGACUGCUGAAGACCUAUAUCAAGGAAGCUGUUGUGGAAGCUCAAGAGUAUGUGAAGAGAAAGCACACGGCAGCUGAUUCGUUCAGUGAAACAUUGGAAAAAGCAAUCAGUCAGCUCUCCACUAUGUAG